AAGAGAUGAGUCAUGUCGACGAGAUAUUAUUAUAUCAGCAUCAAGAGGAAGUCAGUCAACGAGGCAUUAUCAUGCACAUCUUGAACAACGAGAGGUCGAUGGGCGUCUUUACCGGUUCAAGAUCAGGUAUCGAUCUUCGGAAGAGAGAGGCAAAUCUAAGCGAGGCGCGUAGCACCAGCAAGUUCUUGCAUCAUGUCGGCAGACUCCGUGUUGUCGGCCUUCAUGCAGGUGGUGCUCGAGAGGGCGUUCAUCGCCGCUCGCCAGGAGCUGGGAUUGAUCCUCGGAGUCAGCAAGGAGCUGAACAAGCUCUCCCGCACGCUCGACACCAUCCACGCCGUGCUGGAGGACGCUGAGGAGAAGCAAAUCAGGAACGCUGCCGUGCGUGAUUGGCUUCGGCACCUCAAAGACAUUGCCUACGAAGCCGAUGACUUGCUGGAUGCGUUCAACUUCCGAGCCCUGCGGCGUAAGGUGGAGGGUGGAGAACGAACCUGGCAGGUGUUCCGUGUCUUCUCUUCUUGUUUCGGCUUGAGACAUGCCCUGCUCCGCAGCAGGAUGGCGCAUCAGAUCAUGGAGAUCAGGAAGAAACUCGAUGAGAUGGCGAAAGAGCGAGACAACCUUCAACUCCGAGAGCUGACCGACGGUACCAGCAGAACCGAAAGUCUUCGUCGGCCGCCGACGAGCUCACUGGUGGAUGAGUCGAACGUGCUCGGCAGAGAGGAAGACCGGGAUGAGAUUGUAAGAUUCUUGGUGUCUCAAGAGUCUUCCUCGAGGAACUUGCCGGUCCUUCCCAUCGUCGGCUUCGGGGGUCUCGGGAAGACGACGCUGGCUCAAGUCUACAACGACGCAAGGGUGACCAAUCAUUUCGAUCUCAAGAUGUGGGUGUUUGUCUCCUGCAACUACAAUGCCGUCAGGCUCACCAAGUCGAUGGUAGAAGCUGCAACCAAGAAGAAAUCCGAUCUCACCGACCUAAACAUGCUGCAGGAGACUCUGGUGGAGGAAUUGAGAGGAAAGAGGUUCUUGCUCAUACUCGACGACGUCUGGAAUGAGGUCCGUGCUAACUGGGACAGAACACGCCUUCCCCUGAACGCCGGUAGGAGCCGGAGCAAAGUGGUGAUCACGACACGGAUCAAACGGGUUGCACAAAUCAUGGGCACAGUGCCUCCCUACCAUUUGAAGAGGCUAUCGAAGGAUGCCAGUUGGACCCUCUUUAGGAGGUCCGCAUUUGCCGGAGGAGAAUUCGCCGGGAACCACAAACUGCAAGCCAUUGGGAAGGAGAUCGUAUCGAAGCUGGACGGCAUACCAUUGGCGGCCAAAACCAUAGGAAGCAUGUUGUUCGCGAGACGAGAUGAGGUCGACUGGCGGAAGAUCUUGAAAAGUGAGUUCUGGGAGUUGCCGGCGAAUGAGAACGACAUCUUGCCACCUCUCAAGUUGAGCUAUCAGACGCUCCCCUCGCAUCUGAAACAAUGCUUCUCCUACUGCUCCAUAUUUCAGAAAGGUUACGAGUUCGACAAAGAUAAGCUGGUCAAAAUCUGGAUGGGGCAAGGAUUCCUGCAACACCAGGGUACGAAGCAGAUGGAAGACACAGGAGCUGAGUACUUCGACGAUGCAUACCUUGAGACAGAGAGAGUGUUUCUGGGGUUACCCAAAGGGAUAACCAAUCUGAUAAACCUACGGCAUCUGGAAGAAGACAGCAGACUGAUCUCGAGUGUGGCUGGGAUUGGGAAACUGACCUGCCUCCAGGAACUGCCUAUAUUCAAGAUUCAUCAGCAGAUCGGACAUAGGAUAUCGGAGCUGAAAGAUAUGACGGAGAUCCGAGGAAGUCUCUGCGUUUUGAAUCUGGAGAAUGUGGCCGAUGCCGAAGAAGCAAGACAGGCCAGAUUGAGCUACAAACAACAUCUGCAGAAGCUGCAACUAGAAUGGAACGCUCACAGUGCGGGCAGCUUUAGAGAUGAGGACAUACUCGAAUGCCUGCAACCACAUGAGAGCCUCAAAGAGCUUCAUAUAGAAGGCUACAAUGGCAGCAGGUUCCUCAGCUGGCCUCCUCCCACCUCUGGGACGGCUGCGCUUCCUUACUCACCUAGAAAUGCAAGGACUGGAUGGGAUCAAGCAUCUUGGUCCGGAGUUCUGCGGCCAUGGUAG